GAAGGGGAUAGCCGCCCCGCGCCCCGCCCCGCCCCGCCUCUUCCGCCGCCGCCAUGGGAAUGGAAACAUCUACCCCACGUGCCGGAAGCCAGCUAGCGCCGACGGCGGCGCGCCACUCCGCGUCCUACCGAGCCGAGCCCCUACGGGUGUCAUCGCGAGAGGAGCUCGCCGAAAUGGCUGCAGCCAGUCAAGGAAACUUUGAGGGAAAUUUUGAGUCACUGGACCUUGCAGAACUUGCUAAAAAGCAGCCAUGGUGGCGCAAGCUGUUUGGGCAGGAAUCUGGGCCUUCAGCUGAAAAGUAUAACGUGGCAACCCAGCUGUUAAUUGGAGGUGUCACUGGAUGGUGCACUGGUUUCAUAUUCCAGAAGGUUGGAAGGUUGGCUGCCACAGCUCUGGGAGGUGGAUUUUUCCUGCUUCAGCUUGCGAACCACACUGGCUACAUCAGAGUAGACUGGCGGCGGGUGGAGAAGGACGUGCAGAAAGCCCGGGAGCAGCUGAGGAUCCGCCAGAGCGGCCGGACGCCCGCGGGGGCCACAGGCAGAGCGCAGGAGGUGGUGUCAUUUGUGAAGAAGAAUGUUCUAGUGACUGGUGGAUUUUUCGGAGGCUUUCUGCUUGGUAUGGCGUCCUAAAGAGGAUGACUUCACUUCCUUAUUCCUGGUUUUUCCAGCCAGCAGCCUCUUCACUCCAUCGUAGGAUAGCAAGUCUCUCCUCUUCGUCCUCUUCUCCCUCUUCUCCCGUGCCUUCCUCCCUGCCAUGGCGUAUCUGAAUGGCUUCUGUAGGCAUCUGUUGGUACAAGUGGAUAACGGCCCCACCAUGACCUUGACGGCAACGGAAGAGACAGUGGACGUUAACUCUUCUCCCAGCACACUCCCCCCUUGACUAAUCUGUAGGUCAGCAAGAAUAUUCCUUUCUCCCCUAUGUAAGAUACUUACCAGAACAUGGUACAAGAUGGCUCACCAUGGAGCAUGAGUGGAUCCUCAAAGGUUGUCCCAAACUUGAUUUGGAAAAGAAAUAACAAGCAUAUAAGAUACCUUACUAUGUUCUGCAUGGAAAGGAACUGAAUACAUUUGCUUUUAAGCAUGAAAGGUUUUGGUAUCUUGGCGUCUACUUUCUUUUGUAGUAGAUUUUAGGUUACAGAACGAGAACUACUUGUACUGGCUCUAAUUAUCCUGACAAAAUGGGGCGUGUGCACUACAGUUGAAAAAUCUGCAUAUGGAAUGAACUUGUACUAAAGAUACAUAUGCUGAGCGGAAGGUAUUGUGUUUGGUGGGAAGGUCUUUAGGGAAACCAACCAAUAGAUACACUUAGGAUGGUCACUUAGAGGCAUUCAGGUAUUAUCUAGGGAUGUUUUCCAUCAUACAGGAUAAUGCAUCUCAUGAUGGUUUCCAAAGGAUUUAUUUAUGGUAAAAUAAGUGACUUUAGGUGGAAGAGGGAAGAAGCUCUUGGAUUUUUAUUUAAUAGAAAAGGUUUUGAGCUUUGAAAUGUGGAAUAUUCUUUACCUCUUGUCAAAACAUCAGGGGUAGCCGUAGCUUCUCUGUGCCAAUUCUACUAUUUAACCAGUUAGUAUGAAAUAUAUAACAUUUGAACCAGAGUUUUUAAAUGGUGACAUUCCAAGCAUUAAGAAUUGAGAACAGUAGCAAUAGCAACAGCACAUGUGAAAUAAAUUAUUUCUAUCAUCAAAGGUAAUCUGCUGUCUCAGGAUGACCCCAACUCUUAGAAUUUUUCUUUAAAAUAAAAGUUUAUAGAUAUACCCAUGCUUAGAAACUUAACACAUUUUUCUGUAAUGGCCUUCUAUUGUACCAUCUAGAAUAUCCACUGCAGGAAGGCAAGGCUUGUGUCUUCACCAUUAUAUCCAUGGAGCCAAACACUUAAUAAGUACUCAGUAUCUGUUGAAUAUAUGAAUAAUGAGCUCAUAGAAAAGUAUCUGGAAAAGGCACUGAUCCACAGGAUUUGUGAGACUUCAUGAGUUCUGAAAAUUCGGAAAACUUGGAAUAAACUUCUUAAACUUGCAGGUGA